GAUCAACGAAACCGAUGACGUAAGCCCCAACGAAACGAGUUACCCAACAAAUUCCCCAAAUUGCAUUUCCAUUUCCAUUUCCAUUUCCAAUUCCAAUUCCUGCACCCAGUGAAAGUAGUAGGAAUUAGUGAUUGUAAGAGAAUGAGUUCACGUCAAAACCCAAACCCAAACCCAAACACAAACACCAACCCAAACACAAACACAGCUUCUCUCACUUUUGAUAAAAUCUCUAGAUACUUCUCUAUGCCUCUCAACGACGCCGCUUCUACUCUCGGUGUAUGUACAAGUGUACUAAAGAAACUUUGUCGUGAAAAUGGUCUGGAUAGGUGGCCAUAUAGGAAGUUUCUAUCUGGAAAGAGCAUUGAAGAAAUUAGAAGAUAUGCUGCUAGAGAAAAAUACAAAGAACUUGCUGAGCUGUCAAAGAAUGGUAGAGAAAGUGGUGCACAAAAAUCAAACAGUGAUAUGUCCAAAUCAAAAGGUGCUGCACUUCCUCACAAUUUACAACAGCAAGGAAGCAAGAAUGUUCAGACUCUGCGAUCCCAGAAUUUGCUUAGCACAAGCUUAACAAAAGGAAUUGCAGCCUUGGAUGAAUUUAAAUAUGGAUUCCCGUCAAAUGGCUUGUCAACUGCCUCAAACAAAUGGUGGGGAAGCAGCAGCCCUAAUGGUUGUGAGGGAAAACUUGGAGAUGGAGUUGAGACCAACGAAGAUGACAAACAUAAAUCUGAGGAAAUGGUUGUUGACAGUCCCGGUGUGGUAAUAGUGGACAAAGAGGAAUGUGUAACUGGGAAAGAAGAUAGCAACAUUGGUCCCCAAGGAACGGGUUUAUUGACAACUGUGAGAAAAAGAACUGUGGAGGAAGGACGAGAAGCACUUAAGCUUGGUGUAUUUCGGGGCUAUGGUAUUAACAAAAUAGGCAAGAGAGAGAGAACAUUGCUUCUCCGAAUAUUCAAAUCGUCAUUACCCAAACAGUGGAUAAAUGGCUCCUCAUAAAUUUACAGACGGAGUGCUCAAUCUUAAAGUUUGUUGUAAGGUACUAUUUUACGUUUCCUUAGUUCUUUAUUAUCAUUUCACAAUGACUCUGCUGCUAAAUUUGUGGAUGGCUUCAUGCAGUUACAUAUGUAGUGUGUUUGUCAUUUUACUUAGCAAUCUUCACAUUGAUGAAUCAUGGUGUGUAGGAUAAGUUGUCUUAUUGUCGAUAUAUGAUUACCCUUUGACAUAUCCACUCCUCAAUUGCAUUUAUCUCAGUUCACAAUCUGGAAUGUUAUGUUAUUGGUCUUGUUGACAAGGUACAAAUAUGGUACAAAGUAAUGUAUUGAGUUUUCCUCU